CUUUCACAAAAUAUAAAUAUACAAAAGAAACUAAAAAAAAAUGAAUAUAUAACAAAUGUAUAUUGUAUUACUGACAAACAAUAUAAAAACACUAUAACAAACUGAAAUGAACAAUGUGAUCUUUAUAGAGGUAGACAAAAGGGCAGUGGGACACAAUUAGCUCUCGUCUUGUGCGUGCCCUCAAGGCUCCUAAAAUGGAUUUACGUGGUUCCGCUCAAGGCACGUGACAGUCUUUCCAAACUGGCAGGUCACCACAGCGCAUGCGCGGAUGCUGUAGCAGGUUAGUUACACGAGUUUAUUUUCAGCCUUUUUCUUGGAGCCGAUGGUGUAAACUGAGCGUGGUGAAGUCUUGUGCUUUAUUACAAUGAUCUCCCUGGACCCUUGGCAUUAAACCCUAAGAGGAAAAGUGCCCGGAGCACCGAAGUUUGGACAUUUAACGGUGACAUGUGAAAUGUUGCUGCGUGGUUUGUCGGUUUUUCCAGGCGGCGACGGACAGACCAAGCCAGGCUAGUUUAAGCUAGUUUAGCUGCCAGCCAAGCAGCUCGGAUAUCCAUCGUUAACCUCUCUGCUUGCUGGGCGUGUUGCAGUAUCCAAGCAGCGUUUAUUUACAGGUUGUAAACUGUAAUAUAAUCUAAGGAUUCAUAACCAGGCUGCUCGAGUGUGCACGCAGGACGUCGGGGGAAGCUAAUGCUAGCUACUGCUGUGGACAGGUCCCCUAAAGCGAGUGACAUACACCAUAAGACUCCUUUUACAUCCAUAUUGACUGUUAAAGCAGUGCUGAUAUAUGCUAACUGUUAGCUAGCAGCUCACGUCGCACUACAGCAGUCACAUAGUUGUGGCUGACAUGGCAUCCAGCGGGUACUCUGACCUGAGGGAGAAGCUGAAAUCCAUGACCCCACACAGGGAGGAGAUCAAUAAUAAAUUCGUGGACGGGAUGAGUAAUGGCAGCAGUGGAAAAGCUCGAAAACGUAAGAUCCGAGAGUCCGACGACGAUGAGUUUGAGCACAGCGAUGACUGCGCGGAGAACAUGGAGCAGGAGGCCAGCCGGGUGAAGAGCAGCAUCCUGCAGGAGAGCAUCUUCAGCCCGGAGGAGUGCGCCCUCAUCGAGGAGAAGAUCGACGACGUGGUGACCAGAGGAGAGGCUGGACUUUACCGGGAGCACACCGUGGACCGGGCGCCCCUCCGUAACAAGUACUUCUUCGGGGAGGGCUACACUUACGGAUCGCAGCUGGAGAAGCGUGGCCCGGGCCAGGAGAAGCUGUACCGCAAAGGAGAGGUGGACGAGAUCCCGAGCUGGGUGCACGACCUGGUGAUCAAGCGCCUGGUGUCCAGAGGAGUGGUCCCGGAAGGGUUUGUCAACAGCGCAGUCAUCAAUGAUUAUCAACCAGGAGGCUGCAUUGUGUCGCACGUGGAUCCUCAGCACAUCUUUGCACGACCCAUCGUGUCCGUGUCCUUCUUCAGUGACAGCGCGCUGUGCUUCGGGUGCCGCUUCCAGUUCAAACCCAUCCGGGUGUCGGAGCCGGUGUUUGUCCUGCCCGUGAGGAGGGGGAGUGUCACGGUCCUCAGUGGUUAUGCAGCUGAUGAUAUCACCCACUGCAUCCGACCCCAAGACAUCAAGGAGCGGCGUGCAGUGAUCAUCCUAAGAAAGACCAGACCUGACGCUCCUCGAGUCGACUCUGGCAGCCCUAUCAGCGCUUCUCCUGCAGAGAGACCCACUCUGAAAGCCAAACGCACUCAUCGCAGAGCAACAUCAAGUGCUGCUCACAGGCCGAGGGUACUGGAGAUGGACAAAGAGGAGAACAGACAUCCGUCAAACUCCCGUAGUCGUCGUCACAGCAUCAGCUCAGAGAACUACUGGAAACGUGGACAAGACUCCGAAAAACCCCGGGAGAGCUCAGGACGCAAAGUCAAGAUGAGACGCCACUAAGCACUUCUCAUCACACAUGUAAACAUAUAAAUAUACCCUUUCUUUAUGCAUUUCAAUAUUGUAAUCUUUUUUGACUAGUCAUCAUUUUCUUGCUCUAGUUUAUGUCUGGCACAAGGAGCACAGUCAUCAUGGUGUCUGUUUUGAUUUGAGUCCGGGUCAGUCUGAGUGCAUUAUUUGUUUCUUGCAGACAAGCAAAACAAGUCUGUCUACUGCACAGUUCAGAACCUGAAGUAACUACACUACAUUACACUAAGGCUCUGUUGUUAAAUUCCCUUUAAUCAAACUUUUCUUGUUUCUAUGUCCACAAAUAUUUCAGAAUGGCAUGUAUUUUUUGUAACCAAGAUGUACAGACCACAAGAGCUAAAGAAAAGAUGUAUGUAUGGACUUGUACAAAAGGAACCCUGCGCUGUAAUCUAACUUGUUAUAAUGUACAAUACAAUUGUAUAGCCUUUGAUUUGGGGAACUUUUAUGCAGAAACAAACUUCCAACUUUUGCACCUACAUUUCUGAUCCUCACCCUUAAUGUGCCAUCCCAGACCUUUGUUCACUUCGGCCUCCCUGUCACAGUUUAAUUUACAAAACACCUGGCAGAUGUGCAGCCAUGCUGUUCUGUGUUAUGAUUUGAUUCAGCUGUAUGUCUCCUCUUGGUGGAGGUCACAAUAUGGUGCAUCGACUGAACUGAUGUUUAAUUGAGUGAUGAAAACCUCAGGGUUUGUUUUGGGCUCCUGUUUCAGUUUGAAGUUGCUUUACCUUGUAUAGUGACAGAGGCCAUGUUAUUGCUGUUCUGUGUUAAAUCAAAAAUGUUCCUCAAUUCAAUUGGGUGAUAUUUGGGUCAGACAGAACAAAACCAACUUGUUUAACUUGUGUCUGAACACAAGAAUGAGAAGGAAACUUCCAGAAUAAUUGAUCCUUCCAAUUUGCUUUGUAAACAAAGAUUUACAAAAAAUGACUUGCUGACUGCUCGGCUAGUCUGGGGUUACACAUGGACAAAAGAUAUCCCUCAUUCAUAGAAGAAAAUGACUCUUAAAGCAGGGUGUGGUGUCUUAAUGCUAUUCAGAAGCUAAGCUACAGUUGUGAACUUAAUAUUAGCAAAUGUAUACUUAGUAGUCUGCAAGAGCAUCUCCACAGAUUUGGUUUGCUAUUCAUUAAAGGAAUAAUUCACUCCCAAAAUCAUAAUUUAUAUAUCAAUUAAUCACUACCAGUUGUCCUGAAUUUGUGAAGAAAAUAAAUGUCUUCCUGCAUGACUUCAGUGUGAGUGAAGAACCCACAAAUUGAGGAAAUUCUUGAUGGAUUGUAUAAAUUGGGAAGCUCCGCUAAAGAACAAUGAAACUUAAAAAACAUCCAUCAUUUCCAUUUUUGCCAAACCUUUCCCAAUUAAAUCAGGUCCACAUAAAGUGCAUUCGAAAGUUCAAAUAACUACCCAAUCGUUGUUUGUCUCCACUUUUCUCAAUUAGUAAAUAAUUUAUUUUUUUCCUUUUCUGUUCAAGUUUUGGAAGUUGGGAACCAGUGGUUAGAAAGGGCCCAGCUUUGUUGAACUAAUACAUCAUAUUAAAGCUGUAGCGAUUGACAGAGAUAAACAUUUAUAACUAUAUUUUUGCAAUUUUAAAGGACGAUUAAGAUCGAUUAAUCUAAAAAGAAUAUGCCUGAUUAAUUGAUGAUGAAAGUAAUCAUUAGUUGCAGUGUAUACUGUAUAUUUUAUUUUGCAUGUUUUAAAGUUUCCUUCCCACUUUGUGCUCAUAUCGUCUUCAAAUCAAUCAGGGUCUUCAUACACGAAAAAGAAGAAUUUCAAAGAGCAGUGGCCUCAUACUGUAGACCCUCUUUGCUGAAUUGAAUCAAACGACAGGAUUGAACAAAUAGUGCAUUUUGUUGUCAUCCUAUUCGACCCCUUUCAACAGGACAGUUCACUGGUUUAGAGGAGUUUCACUGUCAUCAUUUUAAACACAUUUUGGCAUUGGUAAAGUUUUUUUAUCGAUCAAUGUUUAUUUACUUUUCUUGGAUCAUAUUAUUUAAGUUAAGACAAAGGGUAAACAAGUUUGGACUUUUUGCAAUUCAAUUUCUGUAUUCCUCUUAUAUCUCCUGAAUUGUUAAAUAAGUUUGUAUAUUAUGCAUCCUCGAUAUUUCCAGAGAGUUAUUUAUAAUUCAAUAAAGAAAAUAUGUCAAAUGUA